UCUGAAGAAGUCGACUUUUUCCUAAAUCAGUAGCAAGAUGGCGGUCACCAUGAAGAAGACAGUUGCAGUUGAAGAUGUCAAUGUCACAUUUGAGGACCAGAAGAAGAUCAAUACAUUUGCCAGAAACACGAAUCGAAUGACAGAAUUCAAAGAUGAAAUAGAGGCAAAAAAGAAAUCUCUACAGAAUCUGCAGGAUGCCAGUGAUGACCUGAUGAUGGCUGAGGAUGACACUCUGCUCGUCCCGUAUCAGAUUGGCGACGUCUUCAUCAGUCACACCCAGGAAGAGACCCAAGAGAUGUUGGAAGCUGCAAAGGAACAACUGCAGCAGGAGAUCAAAGACCUAGAAGGGAAGGUGUCGGCGAUACAGCAGGUGUUAGGUGAUCUGAAGGUCCAGCUUUAUGCCAAGUUUGGGAACAACAUCAACCUGGAGGCAGAUGAAAGCUGAGUGCUUUCUAAUGUGUAGACUUUAGCCGUAUAUCUGUUUUUUCCUGUUUAGCGUGACACUGAAUCUAUGAUUAUGAUUAUAGGAGUUGGCAAGAUGCCACAAACAGUACUGGGAUCAGGCUAAGAGGGCAACUCUCUUUACACAUGGACUUUUCAUGCAGCUCACAUAUUAUCAAAUCCACACAGUGCUGACAGGACGCUUGCCAAACCAACAUGUAACCAACAUGUUUGUCCUUUUCUCAAUAUCAACAUGAUUUUUCUCAGCAA